AAUAAUUGGAUCAGAUUAGAAGAAGACAAUAAUGUGAAAUGAAUACAGCUGAAGCCCCUUACAAAAAUGGCCCUUAAAUCUCGAAAUCCCAAAAAUCAACAGCAACACUUAAAAUGGGCGGCGCCACCCAGCAGCAGCUCCACCUCCUCCGCAUACUCCUCUCCUGCCGGAAAAUCACAGCCCAGGUGACGAAACCCAUAACAGAAUCCAUCAUAGCCAUCGCUUCCACCACCGAGCCAGAGUUCUUACCUCAAUUAAAGGCCAAGCAAAAUCGUUUCCCGAGAUCCCACAAUUUCAUGGACGCCAAAAUCGCGGCCAGAAUCGGCGAGAAACUCGGCCUCCGGCUUAAAGAACUCGGGGUUUUGAACGUCGAGAUUGAUUUCAACGAGGAGCUUCUUAGACCCGUUCAUCAACAAAAGUUGGUGCGACCCAUUUUUCAGAAUGUUAAACGAGCUGGGAUUAAUAUUUCCGGUGCUGAGAAGUUGCCGUUCGGAGGAUGAGAUCAUGGAUUUUGACGAUGAUGAUCCGACGGUGUAGAUUGGGUUUGCACGAAUUUUCGCUGCUACUUAGGUGUACCGGAGCAAAUGUACUAUGAUUUUUUUUUUUUUUGGAGUGGAGGAGUCAUGUAUAAAAUUUAGUUUAUGAUUUGUUUCUCA